AUGUUUUUCCGUAGCUUAUUGGAAUCUCUCUUCAAGGCAUAUAAAGAGCAUGCAAAAUAUAAAGGCUUUCAUAUUGCGAAGAAAUCAACAAGAAAUGGGAGGAAUGGUGAUGGAAGAUAUCAGACUAUUAGUUGUGACAAAGGAAGGAAAACAUAUUAUGAGAAGUCCUCGAAGAGGACAAAUUAUGUUGCUAGGUUAAGUGCGGUUCUAAGAUCUAAUGGAAAGUGGCAGGUUACAAAAGUUCAGACAAAUCACAAUCAUGAUUUGGAUCCAUCAAUGUUUAGGCUCAUGGUAGGGCACAUGAAUUUGAAUCCUGAAGUGAGGAGAAAUCUAGAGGCUAAUGAUAUUGCUGGGAUUAGCGAUUCUAGGUUGUCCAAUGUCAUUUGUGUUCAUCCUCGUUCCAAAGCUGCUUAUAAGGAGUUCAGUGAUGUUAUUAGCUUCGACACAACAUACUUAGUGAACUUGUACAAAAUGCCAUUCACGACAUUUGUGGGCAUCAACCACCAUGGGCAAUCCAUUUUAUUAGGUUGUGCCUUGAUUUUACAUGAGGAUGUUGAUACUUUUAAAUGGUUAUUCACUUGUUGGUUGUUAGCAAUAGGAGACGUUCAUCCAAAAACCAUAAUGACUGAUCAAUGCAAAAGUAUCAAGAAAGCCAUCUCAGAAGUCAUGCUCAAUUCUGUUCAUAGAUUUUGCUUGUGGCAUAAGUUCCAGAGAAGUUUUGCAGACUAUGUUAUUGUAGUUCAUGAGUUUAAAGUUGUCAUAUGUGACAGCUUAACUUUUGAGAUGUUCGAUAACAAUUGGCAUGGGUUCAUGGAGAGGCAUGGAUUGCAUGAAAUUGAAUGA